AGCGGAGUGGACGGCUUCCGGGUUUGGCGGGGCCUUUGUCUCUCGCUGUAGCGGGAGUUCCAGGUUUCGUCCUCAUUUCUCUGUGUCUUCUGCUCCUAGGGGCCCAGCCUCUGUGGCCCUGUGACCUGCAGAUAUUGGGAGAUCCACAGCUAAGACGCCAGGACCCCCUAGAAGCCUAGAAAUGGAUGACCUGAGGUAUGGAAUGUGCCCUCUCAAGGGAGCAAGUGGAUGCCCUGGGGCUGAGAGGAGUCUUCUGGUGCAGUCUUCUUUUGAAAAGGGGCCAUUGACGUUUAGGGAUGUGGCCAUAGAAUUCUCUCUGGAGGAGUGGCAAUGCCUGGACACUGCUCAGCAGGGUUUGUAUAGGAAAGUGAUGUUAGAGAACUACAGAAACCUGGUCUUCUUGGCAGGUAUUGCUGUCACUAAGCCAGACCUGAUCACCUGUCUGGAGCAAGGGAAAGAGCCCUGGAAUAUGAAGAGACAUGAGAUGGUAGCCAAACCCCCAGUUAUAUGUUCUCAUUUUCCCCAAGACCUUUGGCCAGAGCAGGAUAUUAAAGAUUCUUUUCAAGAAGCGAUUCUGAAAAAAUAUGGAAAAUAUGGACAUGACAAUUUACAGUUACAAAAAGGCUGUAAAAGUGUGGAUGAGUGUAAGGUGCACAAAGAACAUGAUAACAAAUUAAACCAGUGUUUGAUAACUACCCAGAGCAACAUACUUCAAUGUGAUCCAUCUGCAAAAGUCUUUCAUACAUCUUCAAAUUCAAACAGACAUAAGAUAAGACAUACUGGAAAGAAACCUUUCAAAUGUAAAAAAUGUGAAAAAUCAUUUUGCAUGCUCUUACACCUAACUCAACAUAAAGGAUUUCAUAUUACAGAGAAUUCCUACCAAUGUAAAGAUUGUGGCAAAGCCUUCAACUGGUCCUCAACUCUUACUACACACAGGAGAAUUCAUACUGGAGAGAAACCCUACAAAUGUGAAGAAUGUGGGAAAGCAUUUAACCGGUCCUCACACCUUACUACACAUAAGAUAAUUCAUACUGGAGAGAAACCAUACAGAUGUGAAGAAUGUGGGAAAGCCUUUAACCGGUCUUCACACCUCACUACACACAAAAGAAUUCAUACUGGAGUGAAACCCUACAAAUGUACAGAAUGUGGCAAAGCUUUUAACCGGUCCUCACACCUUACUACACACAGGAUAAUUCAUACUGGAGAGAAACCCUACAAAUGUGAAGAAUGUGGCAAAGCCUUUAACCAAUCCUCAACCCUAACUACACAUAAGAUAACUCAUGCUGGAGAGAAACCCUACAAAUGUGAAGAAUGUGGCAAAGCUUUUUACCGAUUCUCAUACCUCACUAAACAUAAGGUAAGUCAUACUGGAGAGAAAUUCUACAAAUGUGAAGAAUGUGGCAAAGGCUUUAACUGGUCCUCAGCCCUCACUAAACAUAAGAGAAUUCAUACUGGAGAGAAACCCUACAGAUGUGAAGAAUGUGGCAAAGCCUUUAAUGAGUCCUCAAACCUUACUACACAUAAGAUGAUUCAUACUGGAGAGAAACCCUACAGAUGUGAGGAAUGUGGCAAAGCCUUUAACCGAUCCUCACAACUAACUGCACAUAAGGUGAUUCAUACUGGAGAGAAGCCCUUCAAAUGUGAGGAAUGUGGCAAAGCUUUUAACCGAUCCUCAAACCUUACUAAACAUAAGAUAACUCAUACUGGAGAGAAAUCUUACAAAUGGGAAGAAUGUGGUAAAGACUUUAACCAGUCCCUAAGCCUUAUUAAACAAAAUAACUCAUACUGGAGGGACACUCUGCAAAUGUGAAGAAUGUGGCAAAGCCUUUAACUAGUCCUCAACUCUUACUAAACAUAAAAAAAUUCAUACUGGAGAGAACACCUGUGACUGUGAAGAAUACGGCAAAGCCUUUAAUAAGUUCUCAAUUCCUAACAGACAUAAAAUAAUUCAUACUAGAGAGAAACUCUACAAACCAGAAAGAUGUGACAGUGCUUUGAAAACACCUCAAACUUUUCGAAACAUAAAAGAAAUCAUAGUGGUGAGAUAUCCUAGAAAUGUGAAGAAUUUGAUAAAGCUUUUAAAUGGUUGUCACACUUGAUUGUAGGUCAGAUAAUUUAUACUGGAGAAAACUUCUACAUGUGUGAACAAUGUGACAAAACUUUUAACUAAUGCUCACACCUUACUGCAUAGGAAAGCAUUUAUACUUGAGAAAAAUUGUAUAAAUAUAAAGACUGUGAAAAAGCCAUUAAUAUGUGCUCACAUCUUAACAUCAGAGAGUUCAUACUUAAUGAAAACAUUAUAAGUGUAACUACAGUCAAAAUAUCUUUAAGAAAAUUUAAGCCUUUAAAGUGAAGAGUAUUUUGAAGAACAUUGUAGUAGAAUUGUAAUAUGUUUAACUUGUGUCACAGAUCUUAUUGUACACAUUUUGUAUUAGAGGAAACCUCUGAAGCAGUUGCUCAAGCUUUCAAUAUCGGAAUUUAUACUGAAAAAAAAAAAAAACCCUGUGAAUGUAAUAUAUUUGGAAAAAUACUUUUUCAAAAACUACAGCUUAGAAAACACCAGAGAGUUCAUACUAAAACAUUUUUGCAGAUACAGUAAAAAUUUUAAAAAUUUUUAAUCAAAAAUUAAGUCUGUGUAAAUACCAGAGAAUUUACAGUACAAAUAUAUAUAAGGCACUGACGCUUCAGGUAUUUUACUAAAUCAGAGUGCUGAGUAUAGAAAAUAAUCUAAAACUAAAAUUGGUAAAAUUAUUUGUAUAUAACUUUAAAAGUAGAAUUUUUUUGCAGAGUUAUUACAUUCAAAGUAUGCUUAACUUUUUGAAAAAAUUAGAUUUUUUUGAAAAGUGAAUAAUGAUGUAAUUCAACUCUCAAAUUAUUUCCUGCUGUUUCUUCACUCUUGUUUACAUGUGAAAGCAUGUGAUCAAUUGUUGCUGCAUCAAAGAUAUGAGAGAUUCUUUUUUAUUAGGUGAGCAUUAUUUAUAAACUUUGCUAUGAAAAAGUAAGGACAUUAAAAUAUGAAAUGUGUGAUGAUAAUCUAAGUGAAGAGACUUGUGGUUAACUUAUAAUAUUGAGCAAUGUGUGCAUUAGGUGUUCAGAGUAGUAGUAUUCUGCUUUGUGAGAGGAAAACAUUUUUAAUUUCAUUUAUAAGUAAAUUAAAAUUAGUAUAUUAUACUAAUACUUUUAUAUAAAAUGCAGUAUAUUUUUUAAAUUUCAGAUUAUACGUGAUGUUAAUAUAUUCAACCUUUUUAACAUGUUAAAUACUAUUGUGCAUUCAAUGAAGUGUUAUGCCACAAAUGUUAACCUAUUCCACCUUACUCAAGGGUGUACAUAAAACAUGGUAACAGUAUACUAUUUGGUAACAUAAUGGAUUAACAUCUCUAGUAAUCUCUUUUGCCAGUGGCUUUGACUGCAAAUAAGUUAAAGAAUAUUAUUUCUGUAGGUUAAAAUUUUGUUUUUAUUUUAUUUAUUUUUUUGAGAGGGAGUCUUGCUCUGUCACCCAGGCUGGAGUGCAGUGUCACGAUCUCGGCUCACUCCAACCUCCACCUCCUGGGUUCACGCAAUUCUCCUGCCUCAGCCUCGCAAGUAGCUGGGAUUACAGGUGCCCACCACCAUUCCCAGCUA